AUGAUGGACUACACGGAACAACCUAUCGUAAAACGAGAGACUAACCCUAUGUUGAUGAAACGCGUGACAGCAGUUCUAGUCCAUGAUGGUGAGGAAUGCCCAUAUGGAGCACAAGGUCCACCAGGUGUGCCAGGACCGGCAGGAGAGGAUGGAAAAAAUGGACGUAUGGGGCUGCCUGGUCCUCCGGCCGUUGCUCCUGUUUGCACAGAAAUAAAGCCUGAUCACUGCAUACAGUGCCCGAUAGGCCCACCUGGACCUCGCGGUAUUCCUGGACCACGAGGUCGACCAGGAAUGUAUGGUCAGAGUGGAGGGCCAGGAAUGGGAGGUGAGCACGGACAACCCGGUCCACCCGGACCACCAGGUGAUCCGGGAUUACCUGGAUUGGAUGGUCAUCCCGGUUGGCCGGGCACUCCAGGUGCUAACGCGUAUCACGGAAUUGGAGCAAAUGGUCCUAUUGGUAUGCCGGGGAACGAAGGGGCAUUUGGCGAACAGGGCCCUCCUGGGAGGCCAGGCCAUCCAGGUGCACCAGGACCUUAUGGAGUGCAAGGCACAAAAGGACGUGCGGGAGAGAGCGGUCCUGAAGGAAAAAUGGGUAGUCCUGGGUUAGCCGGAUAUGCAGGACCUGAUGGAGUUUACUGUCGAUGUCCACCGCGAACAACUACAAGGAACAACGUGGACGACUCUGACGAAGUCAUUGAUAGUAUAGUUUUGAGAAGACAGAUAAGAUCCUGA